AUGCCAAGAAAAUGUUCGACAAGUCAUCCUGGCACUAGAAAAUAUGGCACUAAAUCUAAUUACACCAAUUCUACACUUCAAGAGGCUUUAGCCAAAAUUAAAUUAGAAAAAAUGUCGAUUGGGCGCCCUAUUGCCCUUAGCAUUGAUGAAGAACUUUGUUUUGAAAAUCACUUACUUUAUUUAAGUGACAAAGGUAUACCAAUUGGAAUUAAUGAUUUUAAAAGUAUUGUCAAAAUCUAUUUGGAUGAUAGUGGAAAAAAUAUACAACAGUUUAAAGAUAACCGACCAGGUUGGGAGUGGUGUAAACUUUAUCUUGACAGGCAUCCAUCAUUAAAAGAAAAAAAGAAGGAAUUAAAUAAAGUAACGCCAGAUAACAUUUACAAUAUGGAUGAAACAGGGUUUCAUGACGACCCCGGAAAAAAUAAACUUAUUUUUCGUCGAUCCUCUCGCCAUCCAGAACUUAUAAGAAACACAACAAAAACUUGUUACACUGUUGUUUUUUGUGGAAAUGCCUCAGGAAAACUAAUUCCACCAUUUUUCAUUUUUAAAGGAAAACACAGUUGGUCUGACUGGCUUUUCAAUGCACCAGAAGGAUCAAGAAUGGCAACUUCUUGCAGUGAUAUAACAUUUAUAUGUUUGGUACCCAAUUCCACACACCUUUUACAACCUUUAGAUGUUGGAUAUUUCUCGAGCUUAAAAGCUAAUUGGAGGUCAGUUCUUAAUCAAUGGCGUAAAACAUCCAGAGGAAAAAAGGUUAAUAAUCUGCCAAAAAAUUUAUUUACGCAGCUCAUUAAAUCUACUCUUAAUGUUGGUAAAGAAAAUCUAGAACAUAAUCUCCAAGCAGGAUUUAAGGCUACUGGCAUAUAUCCAUUUUUACCAGAACAUGUUCUCUCCAAAUUACCCAGUUUUACAAAUAUAGAUAUUCAACUCAAUAUUGGAGAAUCGUUUAGGAAUUAUGUUGAUGAUAUUCAUCUUAAUUAUGAAGUAAGCAAAAAAAUUAAGUUACCAAUAACAGCAGGGAAAAGUGUAUCAGCCACUGAGGUAGAAGCAUACUAUAAGGAAAGAGACAAUAAAAAAAAAGUCAAGAUAAUAUUCGAGCAAAGAAAAGAGGAAGACCACUUGGAUCAAAUAAUAUGGUUAUGAAAAUAAACAAAAAACUUAAUAUUUUACAAAGUUCAAGCAUUGUAAAUGUUAAUCAAGUUAUUGAAGACGAUGAACAAGUUUUAGCUGUAUCUCAAAA